GACCAAGCGUCGACUUUUAAUAUGGAGAGAUUGCUUGUUCCUGACGGGGAGUUAUAGAGUAUCCAGCCCCGACCUCUUUAUAUUCAUCGCUCCUACGCGCCACUCGGCUUCGUCUUCCUCCACAAGCCCUAAUCGAAGCCCUAAUUUUUGAACAAAUUAUCCAAGAAAAGGAGAGAUUUUUGUCAGCCCUUCCUUUUAUUAUAUUGCGAUCCCAGUCGGGGAAAGAACUAUCGUGUUCUUCCCCCCUGGUCUAUCUUAUUGGACCAAAAGUCAGAUCUUUUUGCUCCCUUGUCGAAGCCUAUAAGAUGCAGGCCGCUUGCACUCGAACUGUGGAUGUAGCUAUCCCCUUGUCCCACCUCCUCAAGCCCGACUUGGAGCCGCCCCCCUCGCCCUCGCCCUCGCCGUUGGCCACCAUGGCGCCGUCCCAAGAUGAGCUAAAGCGCGUGGCUGCCCACCGGGCUGUCGAGCUGGUAGAGUCCGGCAUGGUCAUCGGCCUGGGCACCGGCUCCACCGCCGCCCACGCCCUCGACCGCAUCGGCGACCUCAUCCGCAGCGGCGCCCUCCGCGAUGUCGUCGGCAUCCCGACCUCGGAGUGGGCCGCCGCCCGCGCCGCCGCCGCCGGCAUCCCUCUCUCCGAUCUUGAUGCCCACCCCGUGGUCGACCUAUCCAUCGACGGCGCCGACGAGGUCGACCCCGCCCUCAACCUCGUCAAGGGCCGGGGCGGCUCUCUCCUCCGGGAGAAGAUGGUGGAGGGCACCAGCCGGCGCUUCGUGGUCAUCGUCGACGACUCGAAGCUGGUUCCUCGCCUCGCGGCCAGCGGCCUCCCCGUCCCCGUGGAGAUCAUCCCCUUCGGCUGGGCCCUCACUCUCCGCCGACUACAGAGCUUGUUCGACGGCGUGCCGGGCUUCAAUCUCAAGCUCAGGACCGCCUCCAUCAACGCCAAAGCCACCACCUUUGACGAGAAGGGGUGGGACUCGGAGCCAUUCGUGACUGACAACGAGAACUACAUCGCGGAUUUGUUCUUCGAGAAUGGGAUCCAUGGCGACCUGAGAGUGAUCAGCGAUGCGAUCCUGAGGAUUACCGGAGUGGUGGAGCAUGGGUUGUUCCUCGGAUUGGUGUCGUCGGUGGUGGUGGCACAGAAGGAUGGGGUGGUGGUGGUGAAGGACAAGGAGGCGACAUCAAAUGGGAUGUGAGAACAAUUCUUUGUUAAUCUUUGUGUUGUGUUGUGUUGGUUUAA